AUGAUCAUCGAUCUUGAUUCCUCACGCUACAAAGUUCUCCGACCGAUAAUUGAAUGCCUUAAGUUCUCGCAACUGGCUCAGGCAUUAACAAUGGCGGAAUAUGUUCCAUUGGUUCAUCUCUCCAGGGCUUACUCGUCUUCUAUCUACAACAAAGUAGAUGAUGUCAUCCACUUCGAGGUUGCUUCUCACAAUACCUCGAUCAAAAAGUCCCACUUUAGCAAACUUGUAAGGCUUGCUACUCUUGAAGUUCAUGUAGAUCCUGAGUCGAUUUCCACCUCUGCCUUAAUACAGAUGUUUUAUCAGAUGCGUUACACCAUGGAUAUCUCCUUGUUGUCCAAGUUCAGGAAACCCUUCCUUCCUCCAAUAUAG